AUGGCCGCCCAGUUCAUCGGCUUGCAUAUGCGCGUGGUCCUGAGGGAUCCAGCCGGCUAUCAUGUUCACGGCACCGUCAGGGAUGUCGAGGCGGGGAGCGGCCUGACGCUGACGAAUGUGUUCAUGCCCGGAACCAAGAAUUGGGUGCCCGAGCUGAGAAUCGAUGCGGCCAACAUUGCCGACCUGAGCGAGAUCAAACCCGAGUUGCCGAAGCCUACGAUAUACCAGUCGCCCGUCCCCGAUGCCGUCCCCGAUGCCGUCCCCGUCGCCGCUGCGCCGCCGCUUCCGCCGCCGCAGCCCUUUGUCGACCCGGCCAUCUUGAGCCUGGGGAAGCCUCCUGCCCCGGUUGCCGUCUCCCAGACUGCGGAGCUGCAAGCCGCCUCCCCCUCGCAGUUUGCCGUGCAGACGUCGAGCAGCCCCAUGACGCCCGUGGCGGACGUGGCCGCGUCGAUGGGCAGCGUGCGCGUCGCGGACGCGGCAGGCAACGAGUCCGGCGGCACCGUGACGGGCAAGGGCCAGAAGAAGAAGGGACGUCGGCAGAACAAGCAGACAAAGCAGCAGCUUGCGGGUCAGGAAUCCGACGCCGCGCCUCCUCCCGGCGGCGGCGGCGGCGGCGGCGGCGGCGGCAGCGUUGGGCGUGGCAAGGGUUGGAGGCAGACGCCCAUGCUGCAGAGCACAGCGUCGUUCCAGCCCUUCAGCUCGCUGAAGAAGGGUGCGAGGGGCCGCAAGGCUGCCGGCGACAACGGGCUGGAGUCGGCCGAGGUGACGGAGGAGAUGGGUGACUUCGAUUUCGAGAACAACCUGGCCAAGUUUGACAAGCGGACCAUCUUUGACCAGAUGAGGAGGGAAGACGAGGUCGACGACGCGAGCCGCCUCGUCGCACACAACCGCCGCCCCAAGCCGCUGACGAACGGCGGCAAGAACCUGCACCCGUCGGAGAACGUGCUGGACCUGCCGGCCGCCAUCGCCAAGAACGCCGACUUCUGGAACAGCGAAGCCGACGAUGGCCUGCAGGACGCCGCCGGCAUGAGCGGGCGGGAGGCUAGGAAUUCGGCGAAUGGCGUGCGCAGGCCUGACAGCAAGAACCGAAUGUCGAGGCGGUCGCAGUCGCGCAAGGCCAGCACCGCCAUGGCAGGUGGCCAGCCGCUGAGCCGGGUGAACUCAUCUCAAGCAUUUCAACCGGGGCUGUACCUGGUGCCGUCGAACCGGCGGGUCGAGGCCAUCUCGACACUGCAGAUGCUCAACAUCGAGAACAUUGCGGCCAACGAACUGGGCUUCACUGACGACCUGAUGGCCGAGAACGCUGGUCGGGGCAUCGCCGAGGUGGUGUUCAGCGCCUUGUCGGAGCCGGCGAUCAAGGUACGGUUCGAACUGGCCAACUCGUCCGGGUCGACGGCGGCGGCGCAGCUGGAAGGGUCGACGACGGUGCUCCUGGCCGGCAACAACAAGUCGAGCAUCCGGGCGUUGGCGGCGGCACGGCACCUGCGGAACCGCAACGUGGAAGUGGUGGUGUGCCUGGUAGGGAUCGAGCGGGAGCGCGACCUGCUCGAGGACCUGCGCCGGCAGAUCGACCUGUACCGGGGCUUCGGCGGUAAGGUCCUGAGCAAAAACGAGUUCUUCGAGCACCUGCGCCGGCACGCGGCAUCGGGGACGCGGGUCCCCAUCUCGCUGAUCAUCGACUCGAUGCUGGGGCUGGCCAUGUCGUUUGACGAGCUGCGGGUAGGCGACCAGGCGAGCGUGUACGAGCUGAUGGAGUGGGCCAACCGCAACGAGGCGUUUGUGCUGGCCGUGGACAUGCCGUCGGGCAUCGACGCGACGACGGGCAAGAUUGCCGUCAUCGACGGCGGGCCACUGUUCGUCAAGCCCCGAUACGUGGUGUCGAUCGGAGCACCCAAGCGCGGCUUGCUCGAGGCCGUGACGCCGCCGGGGGACGACGACGAGCCGGAACCGCUGGCGUACGCGGCGCACGAGGACGACUGGCGGCUCUUCAUCGCAGACAUGGGGCUCGGCAGUGCCGUGUGGAAGAAGGCCGGGACCAAGAUGCGCAGAGGCAUCGACUUUGACGGCAGCUGGGUCCUCAGGAUGGAGUACCGGGCACAAGGGCCCAUCCCGAUUGAGGGGUUUGAGAGGGGGCUGAGCUGA